UGACAUUCCGCUGUGCGCCAUCUUGUACCCGCACUGCGCGAGUGGAGAAGGUUGUGGCAGUCGUUGAGUUUAAUAUAUAUUAUUCUAUUUACAAGCGUUGGACGCCUACUUUAAUUUGAUACAACCUUAAUUUGAAACAGAGCACAUUUUGAAAUGGCUACGGGAGCAAAUGCAACCCCUCUGGGGAAGCUGCACCCGAGUAUUGGCGCUAAACGAGGGUUUGAAGCCGGGCCCGGUGCGGGGUUAAUGCCUACACCGGGGCCGCCUGUGUCCUUUCCCUCGCUACCGAAUUUUCAGCCCCCAAUUCCAAACGUCUCUUUCCCGCAAGUUCACCCAGUAUUUACUGCGGUGGCUGCUUUUCCCAACCCGCCACAACCACCCCAAGGAGCAGGAAUGCAGUCUCAGUCAGACUUCGGUCAGAAAAAAGCCAGGAAAAGGAGCCGCUGGAAUAGUGAGACACCCGACCAGAAGACAGUCAUUCCUGGCAUGCCCACCGAUCCCCCUGGACUGACUCGGGAUCAGGAGAGGGCCUAUAUAGUCCAACUGCAGAUCGAAGACCUGACUCGUAAACUGCGUACAGGAGACCUGGGAAUCCCUGUUAACCCUGAGGACAGGUCCCCGUCUCCAGAGCCCAUCUACAACAGCGAGGGGAAGAGGCUGAACACCAGGGAGUACCGCACACGCAAGAAGAUCGAGGAGGAGCGUCACUCUCUCAUCACCGAUAUGGUGGCACUCAACCCUGAGUUCAAGCCCCCUGCUGACUACAAGCCCCCAGCUACUAGGGUCAACGACAAGGUGAUGAUCCCACAGGACGAGUACCCCGAGAUUAACUUUGUUGGGUUGCUCAUUGGGCCACGUGGCAACACCCUGAAGAACAUAGAGAAGGAGUGCUGUGCCAAGAUCAUGAUCCGUGGCAAGGGCUCUGUGAAGGAGGGCAAGGUGGGCCGUAAGGACGGCCAGAUGCUGCCAGGGGAGGAUGAGCCGCUGCACGCCCUGGUCACCGCCAACACCAUGGAGAAUGUCAAGAAGGCGGUGGAACAGAUCCGUACCAUCCUGAAGCAGGGCAUCGAGACCCCCGAGGACCAGAACGACCUGAGGAAGAUGCAGCUGAGGGAGCUGGCCAGACUCAACGGGACCCUGAGAGAGGACGACAACCGGAUCCUUCGUCCGUGGCAGAGCACUGAACCCCGCAGUGUCACCAACACCACCCUCUGUACCAAGUGUGGUGGCGCAGGCCACAUCUCCUCUGACUGCAAGUUCACCAGCUCCUUUGCGGCGCCCAGGGCCGGUGAGCCUCCCCAGUCUGCCCAGGACAAGGCCCGUAUGGACAAGGAGUAUCUGUCCCUCAUGGCUGAACUGGGCGAGGCCCCUGUGCCCUCCUCUGGCGGGGGACACUCCAACAACCAGAACAGUGGCCACAACAGAGGCAUCAACAACAACCAGCCACCACCGCAGAGCCGUCCUCCCUGGAUGAACUCUGGCCAGUCUGAGAACAGGAACUUCAACAGCAUGCACAGAGGCCAUGGUGGUCAUGGCAACCAACACGGUGGUCAUGGCAACCACGGGGGUCAUGGAGGUCACGGAGGUCACCACAACUACCCACCCCCCAUGUCCAACAUGGGAGGGCACAACAUGCCCCCCAACAACGGAAUGCCACCCCCGUGGAUGCAGCCCCCACCGCCCCCAAUGGGCCAGGGACAUGGACACCAUAUGGGUCUGCUGCCACCACCCAUGGGUAUGAUGCCACCACCACCUCCGCCCCCCAACAACCAGCCUCCCCCGCCACCCUCGGGCCCCCUGCCACCAUGGCAACAGCAGGCCCCCCCACCCCCUCCCGCCAGCAGCAUGGCCACUAGUGCACCACUGCCAUGGCAACAGAAUACCACCACAACGUCCAGUCCUGGCACUGGCAACCUGCCACCCUGGCAGCAGCCCCAACAGUCCGCCUCGGCCACCCAGCCUCCCCCCCCCAUGGGCAACCCCUCCAUGGUCCCUCCACCACCUGGGGUCCAGCCCCCUCUCCCCCCCGGCGCCCCUCCUCCCCCUCCUCCCCCACCCCCCGGCUCGGCCGGCAUGAUGUAUGCCCCUCCUCCCCCCCCGCCCAUGGACCCCUCCAACUUUGUCACCAUGAUGGGGAUGGGUGUGACGGGCAUGCCCCCCUUCGGUAUGCCCCCCGCACCACCACCUCCACCCCCCCAGAAUUAAACUCCCUUUGUACCCCCCUGGUUCCUCAGUCUCAACCACACAGCCCUCCCAAAUGUUACCCAACACCAAGGACUCGCAGCACACCACACAACCAGCUACCCAAUGGACUGAUACACAGCUCUGCCCAGGGCAUAUCGUUUUUGUUCAGUAAAAUGACAUGACCAGUGCUAUAGUCUCUUAAUCACAGUCCUGGUUGACGUGCAGAGAAACUCCUCGAACAAGGGAGGUGGUGUGGUUGAAUUUGUACAUUUGCUUUACUGAAUGUUUCUGUUUUUAAAAGUUAGUGUUUUUGAUCACUAUUUUGCAGGGCUUACUCCCUCCAUGGUUGGUUUAUAACAAUCUCACCAUCUCUCACACCAAAUAAAUCACCUCAAACAAAAGCUUUGGUUUGCCAACUGGACUCAAGCUGAAGUUUAGUAAUGAUUUGUUUUCAUUUGCGUGAUCUUUUACUGUUCAGAUUAUCCAGCCAAUUUUGUAGGCAUGGCAGUCCAAUGGACUCGAGCUUCAUUCGUCAUGUUCCAUUCAUUUGCUGUGGUUUCACGGAGCUGAAUAUUUUUGUAAUUAAACCUGAUGUGAAGUGUAAUUGCUCAGAUCUUUUGGAUGUGAGAAUCUCCUUCCUAAUUUUGUCAGAAAAACGGGUAUUUUGUAAUACUGUCUGAUUUCAUAUAGGUUUUGGGUUCUAUCAACUUGUUUGCAUAAUUUCUAAUCCCCUAUUAUUAUUUUUUAACCCUGUAAACUGUUUCUAGUUAACUUUUUCCCAAGAUGCAAAUUCAUUUAGGUCCAUGAGGAUGCAGCAGGGAAAAGGACUUUGUAUCCAACAGCGAGUUGGCUUGAAAGAUGCUCUGAACUUCUUCAAUUCUAAGGGAGUCUGAUCGUAUGCUCGAUUGUUCUGUUAAAAACCUCUCCCCUCCUUGCUUUGAUAUGUAGCUGUAUGCAGUGCUUAUAUCACUUCAGCAACAUUGCUUUCUGUUCCCUUUAGUUGCUUAAUGAGAAAAAAAGAAGAGAAGGAAUGUUUGAUGGCGUUAUACAAUUGUAUUUUUACUCUAUUUUUGGAAUUGGUUUGUCAGCCUUGUGUUCGGUCUAGCCUGAAUGAAUAGUCCUUGCAAUGUUGCUUGAUUGUUAUUAAACUGAUUAUCUUUAACUAA